AUGGGAGUAUCGCUCCUGUCACUCCUGGUUGGUGUGCAGGUCGAUGCCCACGGCGAUUCGCCAGAAGGCUUCGUGUGGAUGAGCCAGGGCUUCGGUUUGCCACCUACUUGGCUGUCCGCGAUUCCGGAGAUGCCGGAGACCUGGCUGGUCUGGGGAAGCUUCGGCCUUUGCGACCGGACACUGGACCGGCCUCGUUUCCUCCACGUUUGUCUGCCCGAAGUCGAUUGGUCUUUCGGCCGCCCCGUCCGAGGCAACAUGACCUACACCCCAGGUCGCAAUCUGCUUUACCAGCACGCUCUUAAGCUGGAGCUGGAGGAAAGCAUGCACUUUCUGUACUUCAUCUUGGCAGAUGACAGUGGAGAGUUUAUCUUCCGAAAUUGCUCCCCUCUGUCUUGUGGGAACAGUGAUGUUCUGCCAGCGCCUUUCGAGUCUCCUGCUUCUUUUUUCCACCGACUACUGGUUUCAGACGUGCCGGCCAUUGCAACACCCGUUUUCGGUAUUGAUGAUGCAGACUGUGUGGGCGCCGCUGAUAUGCGUGUUUGCACGUCUACCAUCGAUCACAAGGUGAUAGCAUUGCACUGGUCGGUACAUCCAGCACUGUUGCCGUAUGAGGAGAGUUUUGAGCAAAUCUCACUGUUUGCAUCGCAGUGCAUCGUGAAUGAGCUGGCAGAUGCAUCUUUCCGCGGGUAUUCGGUGCACUACCGCAUGUUUCAACGGCCAACCACCUCCAAAUCAUCGUUCCCAUCCAUGCGUCCUCACUAUGUCCGAAGUUUAGAGCCUUGUUUGCCACAGGUGCUAUCGAACGGAUCCUUUGCUGACAGCGCCGUCGUGAAGUGGCUACGUCCGCAGUUGCGUGCUUGUGCCACAGAACGGCUUGGUCCUUCCUUCCUGCUUCAGUCAGAGUGCGAAACUAGCUCUUCCCCGGAUGAGGGGUGCAAUCUGCCGAAACGCCCCUUCGACUACAGACAGGUGGUGUGUGCCUCUCCAUGGGCCAAGCGGGAAGACUGUCAUGCAGACGCCGCAGAGGGCAAACUCCGGCCUCCCCGUCCCUCAGGUGUGCACCACGUGCUGCGUCUGCAGCGCUCCUUCGGAGCAGGUGAACCGAGAAGAGCUCCAUCCAAAGAACCGGGCAUCUGUGCGAGUGACGCGAGUGGCUCCUGCUUCUCAAACCCCAGCUGUGCUUUGGAGCUGCUUUGUGCAGCCGGGAUGCAGAACUUCAGCCGACUCCUGGACGCCCGCACUCAAAGUCUCGACUCGAGUUUGGACUUGCUGGACUCGUUGGCAGUGUGCUGGAAAGUCGCCGAGCCGCAUCUACAGAGGCUGCUGCGAGUGGAGCGGCGCGAGGUGGAUCACGAGUGUGAUGCUUGUGUGGCCGUUCUGCUGGGUGCAUAUGUAGAUCCUGAGUUUCUAUCUGCUGGCCUGAGCACGGAUGUAGCAGCAAACACCACACGCCAGUCUUUCUGGAACUGGUGGUGGUGUGUCGUGGCCUUCCUACACCGGUCACAGAUCCGACUCUUUGCUUCUGGUUCAGUGGCGCCCUUCGACAUGCUGCUGUUUCUAACAGAGAAGCUUCUGCCCGCAGAGAAGAGGCCCGGGAUUGAUGCAUUUUCCACCGCAGAUGCCUUGGACCAGCUGGCGUCAGUGGACCGGCCUUUCGCGGUCAACGAACCUGCAUCGAAGUGCCAGAUGGGGCUGGCGGUUCGGCAUCUCCUGGAUGCGCUGCAGGACGCCCGGUGGGCUUCGGGUCAUGUCUUUGCUGCCCAGCACUACCUGGCACAUUGUGACCUUCUGGAGCUUGCGCACCCUAUGUCGGCAUACGUCUGGCACCUGUUUGCAUCAGUGGGGCGCAGAUGCAUGAACACCCGGUAUGUACAGCAUCCAACUCCCCCAGAAUGCGGUAGCAGAUUCCGGCUUGUUCGGAGGUUUCGGGCCAAAAGCCCACAUAAACUUGCCCCAAGAAUCCAGCGGACUAGUGUUCAUCCGACGACAAAGAUCCUGAGCAGCCUCAUGUAG